CCCACUCGGCGACUAAUCUGAUCCCGGCUGUCCCCCGGGACCCGCGACGUCCCAGAGGACCCACGAGUGAGCGGGUGCAACGCGUGGCCGUGGGUGGAAGCCAUGGACGCCUUCAUCCGAGUCGCCAACCAAAGCCAGGGUCGGGACCGACUUUUCAGGAAACACAACGCCUGUAGUUUGGAGCGCUGGUGAAGUCUUACUCUCGGAAAGGCAGAUUUAUCUUCUUUAUCUUCAUUUUGGUCCAGCCUGCGCCUUGGAGAUAUCUACUGUUAAAAAAAGCUGCGUUGUAAACUGUACACUGCACAAUGGACAUAGUGUUUGAACAAUACCUCCAAAGCACGUGGUGUACUUUUGAAAUCACCAAGCCACUCAACACGCAUGCAUGUUGCUUAGAUAUUUGUUAGAGUCUAAAGCUGGCAAAGAGGAGCUGGUGACGAAGCUCAAGAGCCUGGAGACCAGUGUGAGCACUGGCCGUAAAUGGUUCAGACUAGGCAACGUGUUGCAUGCCAUCCAGGCAACAGAGCAGAGCAUCCAAGCCUCUGACCUCGUGCCCCGCCUGUGCCUGACGCUAGCCAACCUGAGCCGCGUGGUGUACUACAUCUGUGACACUGUCCUCUGGGCGAAAAGUGUGGGUCUCACCUCUGGAAUCAAUAGAGAGAAAUGGCAAAUGCGGGCAGCCCGCCACUACUACUACUUCCUCCUGCUGAGCCUGGUCCGGGAUCUGUACGAAAUCUUGCUGCAGAUGGGACAGGUUGCACGUGACAGAGCAAAGAGAGAGAAAUCCUCGCAGGAGCCCCCUAAGUACAGCGUGGCUAGUGAAGAAAGCCAGUGGCUCCAAUCCCUCCUCCUCCUCCUGUUCCAGUCUCUCAGGCAACAUCCUCCCCUGCUCCUGGACACCGUGAAGAACUUCUGUGACAUCCUGAUCCCUUUGAACCAGCUCGGGAUCUACAGGUCCAAUCUCGGCGUGGUCGGACUUGGAGGCCUCGUGUCCUCUUUGGCUGGUCUCGUCACUGUAGUGUAUCCCCAGUUGAAACUGAAGGCCCGCUAGGGUGUCUGGAGGCUUUAAGGCGAGCAGUUCAGUGGAAACAGACAUUUGUCUUUGUCUCUGUGACGUCUACUGUGCUUAAUUUUUUUUAAUCAUGUGAGCAUCUUACCAACCUGUGAUGUGAGCAGAGGCAGGACCAACAAUGGCGCAUGCGGACUGACGCGGUUUAACUUCUUAACAUUUUCCCUUCAGCUAACGAGACUGAGCAUCUUUUAUGUAUGUAGUAAGAGUUUAGCGUAUGCUGAACGAAUCAAGGUGGAAAGGAAAGAAAGAAUAAAGGACCCAAAGACACUAGAAUUACGGAUCCGGUGGCAUGGGGCCUUGAUUUGACGAGCACAUCAGGGCUGGAGCCCAACGUUCCGAGCUCUGGUCAAGGCUUCCCCUUUCCCUUCCGCUGUUCUCCCCCAUCCCCACAGAUGUCAGCAGUGGGAUGGAGGGGAGCUGGCUCAGAGCCUCUUAACCUGUUGGCCCCGGUCAUUGCUGCAGCUGUGUCCUGACCAUGUCCAGAAGUAGACUCAGAAAAACAUCAGUACCUUUGUGGUGGAAGCUGUGUCCACAGGUAGAAGCCUCUCAGUCGAGCCAUGAGUAAGCAGGAAAGCUGUGGGAGGGACCAGCGGUGAAAGUAGGCGGGAGGUCACCUCUGCCUAUUAUGUAAUCCGGCACAGAUAAGGGCCGUGAGAGUACAAAGCAAAGCCGACAGCACGGAUUCAUUCUGAGUCCUUUUCCAGAGUGAUGCGCAUGAUCUCAUGACCUUCAGCAGCAUUUCCAGGCUCCAGAGCCCUUAGCCCCGUAACGCCCCACCCCCCCACCCCCACUCCCUCCACACCUCGCCCCCCUCCCCAGCCCUGGAACUUCAAUUGAUGGUUUCUGUUCCAGUCUAUGAAAUGCAAAGCAAUCUCCACUCACCCAGGUUGGUUUAAUUUAAAACUACAUAACAGUUUGGACAAUUCCUCCACAGUAAUUUUUAUCAAAAUAAGAGAAUUAAAAUGUUUCUGUCUAUGAAUGUAGGAAUGUCAGUUUUCUGUGACAUAUCCGAUUUUUCUCAGGAAAACUGGGAGGGACGAGAAAGCGAUAGAGCCCGUGGAGGGGACUCGGGGAUGCCGAGUUAGUGCGUUUGCCAGUGGACCCUCUUCACGGGUCAGUCUUCCUGUCUGGAGCUUGGUUAGUUUAGGUGUGUGGAGUGGGAGACGCUGACCAGUAGGUGGCCUAUACCUAUAAAGCCGUGUAUAUUUAAGUGGAAUGAGAACUGUGCACUAAGUAACUGCUUCCCAUGAAUGUGAAGAAGAUUCUUGAAAAGUGGACUCAGGCCCUUGGCAUUCUAUUUUUAAAAUGAUAAUUUGCUUUGAGAAGACUUUUGGGGGAUUUUGAGAGAAAUUAAAGUGGCUAAAACAAGACAAAUACCAGUAAAUGCCUAUUUGUACAGUAAUAUUAAUUAUGUCUAAUAAAUUUCUAGAUAAAGUUGA